UCCUGGGCUAGGGGUCGAAUUGGAGCCACAGCCACAGGCCUCCAUCACAGCCACCACAACGCCGGGUCCAGGCCACCGCAGCCUUCGGCAAUGCCAGAUCCUUCACCCAUCCAGCGAGGCCAGGGGUCAAACCUGCGUCCUCACGGACACUGUCAGGCUCUUAACCUGCUGCGUCACAACGGGAACUCCCCAGAUGGCCUCUGUACAGUCUGAGCAAUUCUAAAUUCUGAAGCCAGUCUGUGCAAGGGCUUCGGAGCUGGGCCUGUGGUCCGGGAAGCACAGGAUGUUUGUCCGUGCUGCUGUUGGAUGAACUCUGGGUGCACGGCCUCCACACUGUGCCAUUUUGCACAGAGUCUGUGCACGGGCUGGUGUGUGUCGGCCCGGUGGUGAGUUUUGGAGGGACUCCGUCCAGCGGGAGGAGCUGCGCGCGUCUGUGUGCAGGCAGAUCUGGGGGAGCCCAGGGUCAGGUCGGGAGAGCCCCGCGGCUGUGUUAACUCUCGCUGCCGUCGGACCUUUCCCUUUCUGCCUGGCCAGCGGCUGUGGGACGCAGGCUUCUCUCAGGCACACACAGCAGCCGGGACUUCAGCCUGUACCUCCCGCAGCCGCCCUCUGCUUAGGAGAGGGUCCCUCUAGAGCUCUCCCUCGGCCUGGAGGGCUUUAGUCUGACCCCAGCUGACCGCCAGACCUUGGUUCUAAGGCCGUCGGCGCUUCCUCGCGUCCAUGCUACCUUCCAGACACCGACCGUGUUGAGGCUCAGGUUCUUUGCACUUGCUGUUUUCCACAUCGCAAGUAUCUGCCCCCUCUGCCUUUUACUUCUUGCUCUGUCGCUGUGUUUGUUUCCAAAAUGUUCCCAGCUGACACACAAUUCUUCAUCGGUUCCUAGAACAUUCCUUUUUCCCCCGUAGAAGUAAUUCAGAAUGAGUUACUCGGAAAAACCUGACGAGAUCACGAAGGACGAGUGGAUGGAGAAGCUCAACAACUUGCACGUCCAGCGAGCAGACAUGAACCGCCUCAUCAUGAACUACCUGGUCACAGAGGGUUUCAAGGAAGCAGCUGAGAAGUUUCGGAUGGAAUCUGGGAUCGAACCUAGUGUGGACCUGGAGACGCUUGAUGAGCGCAUCAAGAUCCGGGAGAUGAUUCUGAAAGGCCAGAUCCAGGAGGCCAUCGCGCUCAUCAACAGUCUGCACCCGGAGCUGCUGGACACCAACCGAUACCUUUACUUUCACCUGCAGCAGCACCUGAUCGAGCUGAUCCGCCAGCGGGAGACGGAGGCGGCGCUGGAGUUCGCGCAGACGCAGCUGGCGGAGCAGGGCGAGGAGAGCCGGGAGUGCCUGACGGAGAUGGAGCGCACGCUGGCCCUGCUGGCCUUCGACAGCCCCGAGGAGUCGCCCUUCGGGGACCUGCUCAACAUGCUACAGAGGCAGAAGGUGUGGAGCGAGGUGAACCAAGCUGUCCUCGAUUAUGAGAAUCGUGAGUCCACACCCAAGCUGGCAAAAUUGCUGAAACUCCUCCUUUGGGCUCAGAAUGAGCUGGACCAGAAGAAAGUAAAAUACCCCAAAAUGACAGACCUCAGCAAAGGCGCGAUCGAGGAGCCCAAGUAGAGGCUGCGCGGGGCCCGGCCUGUGGCUCCGCAGCGCCCCCUGCGGCGGAGGACGUUUUCCGCAGCAGAGACUCUUCCCCUUUGCCGUUUCUGACCCAGCACCUUCUUCUAAGGGAAAGGGGCCCUUUCAGGCCCUGGACGCUGUCUCGGGAAGGCUGGCGCGGAUGGCGCCGUGCGUCCUGAAGCAGCUCGGGCUGCCGCAGGGCGCUCGGGGCGUUGCGGUCCCUGGAGGCCUCCGGGUGCCGCCGAGGCUGGGUCCCUGGGGACAGCGGGCCCCGGAGGCUCGCCCUCUGACGCUCGGUUUGCUUUCUGUGGGCGCAGGAGGCAGAGCCCGCUCUUCUCCGUCCUCCGAGGCGAGGUCAGGUCUCCGUGUGGGAGCGUGUCCACAGCCCCGUGAUUCUUCCUUUGGUUUUCUCAUCGGAAAGAGGAUAGCAAUUUGCAGGUCCCAACUCACAGACUUUGGUGCGAGGGUUUUGAGUUGGAUUUGUUUGCCCUCUUGGUCUGGGUUGUGUGGCUUUGGGGGGGGGCUGUGUGUUUUUAAUUGUUUUAAUAUAUAUUUGGUGCUGUGUGUGGGAGAGGUUCUUUCCCAGGGGAUCAGUGAACCGUCUCUCCUAGGCCGUUUCGCUGAAAAUAAAGGUUUCCCUUUAACGUCAAGAAGGACCAAAA